GUGACUCAAUGUUUGCGCUUUGCCGAAAACAAACCCGGAAGCCCUCACGGUGUGGGGCAGUGAAGAGUGAGUGACAACUGCAGCCUGGGCUGGCUGAUAUGUGGCGGCCACAAGCCUGGUGGAGCUCCGUCAGGUCGGCACUCCAGAGGUCUGACCAGGCGCCUUAUUUGAACGAUGCCACUGGCUUUGAUGAUGAACCUGCGCUGGAGGGGGAGGAGGAUUUGCCCCGGUUUAAUAAGCUGAGGGUUCUGGUGGCUGAUGAGCCAGUGGCUACAAAUGGGCUACCCGUGAACGUGGCCUCUGAUGAUGAGUCCUUGUUGGAGAGCUCGCACAGCCGGGAUAAGCCCGAGCCCUGUGACAAAUGCAGCAGCCACAGGGAGAUGAGGAAACAGGGCAAGGUCAAGCGAAAGUUGGUCUUGGCUGCUGUUCUUUAUCUCCUCUUCAUGGUGGGGGAACUUGUGGGUGGAUAUGUUGCCAACAGCCUUGCUAUCAUGACUGAUGCACUCCAUAUGCUUUCUGACCUCAGCAGUAUUAUUUUGACCCUGCUUGCUUUAUGUCUGUCUUCAAAAUCUCCAAACAAACGUUUCACCUUUGGAUUUCAUCGUCUGGAGGUUUUGUCUGCCAUUGUCAGUGUGCUUCUGGUAUACAUCCUUACAGGCUUUUUGGUGUAUGAAGCCAUCCAAAGGACAAUACAUAUGAACUAUAACAUUAAUGGAGAUGUGAUGUUGAUCACUGCAGCUGUUGGUGUUGCUGUAAACCUUAUAAUGGGAAUUUUAUUAAGUCAGACAGGUCACCCUCAUUCACAUUCUCAUGGACCCACAGCAAAUUCACCGAGCCCCCAUGGGCAUAGUCAUGGGAGUCUGGCAGUUAGAGCUGCAUUUGUCCAUGCAUUAGGAGACUUGGCUCAAAGUAUUGGCGUUCUAAUAGCAGCCUAUAUUAUAAGAUUCAAGCCAGAAUACAAAAUAGCGGACCCCAUCUGUACCUAUAUAUUUUCUGUACUUGUUUUGUUUACUACAAUCCGCAUAGUAUGGGAUACAGUCCUAAUAAUACUUGAAGGUGUUCCAAGACAACUGAAUGUGGACCGAAUCAAGGACGACCUGAUGAAAAUUGACGAUGUUUAUUCUGUGAAAGACCUUAAUGUCUGGUCCCUCACAACAGGAAAAUCUAUUGCCAUAAUACAAUUGCAACUAUGUCCUGAUGCCUCAUCAAAGUGGGAGGAAGUGCAGAACAAAGCCAGACAAGUACUGCUGAACACACAUGGAAUGUACAAGUGCUUCAUUCAGAUUCAGAGUUACAGGCAAGAGGAGAACACACAUUGCACUGACUGUUCCAGUGCCUAAGUCCCAUGGAUUGAUGCCUUACAACAGACACAUUAGUUACAAGACACUCAGAGCAAUACAUGUUAACCUUAAAAUCCUUACUAUGAAGCAGCAGUGGUUUGCUCUGUGUAAAUCUUAAGAAGCACACUUUCUCAUUGGAAUCUAGAAACUUUAUAGACCAAAAGAGAAGCACCUUUUCUCUCUGAAGUAUUCUGCUGAGGACGUGUAGACCAACAACUCAAGUGUUUACAGAGUUAAGCAAGUUUGCACAUACCUUUGAAGCUAUAGCACAAACAGCCCAUGGUAUGGAUAGAAAGUAUGUUAUUUGAUGCAAAGCAGUUGUCAGAUAUUUUUACAUUCUGCAUUGAAAUUCUUAAAUUCACAUAAAAGCGUUCUGUUUCCUUGCACAAAAACCUUCAUACCCUUGCCCUUUUACCAACACCCUAAAACUGACAGAUUUAGUAGGAUACUAGGGUGAUUCAUUUGGUGCAAAGUAUUAGAGUGAGUCUGUAAGACAACGGUACUGCGUAAUACAAUCCAAAAUGGUUUACUGGUUUCUGUCAUAUUUUGAAUUUAAGUUUACAUGUAUAUGUGACUGGAUAAUCAGUGACCACAGUAACAAAACUUAUGUUGGUACCAAUACAACUGUUUGGUGGUAGAAUUUAAACCAAGGGUAAGUGAUAAGCUGCUGUUGCCAAUUUAUGAAGCAGAAAAGGUGUCACGCUAUCAGUGUUCUGUAUUAUUGCACUUAUGCUCUACUGUUUAUAACUGGCACGACAUUGCUGCUGGAAGUCUUUCAUGUUUAAACGUGAAAGAAUUGAUUUAAAUAGACUGAAGUAAAAACGCUACAGAGGCCAUGUAA